AUGGAUGCUGCGCCCGGGAGCGCCCCGCCGUCCUCCUCCGCCGCGGCGCUGCGGCUGGCGCUGGCGGCUCCGGGGCUGCCCGAGGGUCCCCUGGGCUGCCCCAUCUGCCUGGACGUGCUGCGGGACCCGGUGACGGUGCCGUGCGGGCACAACUUCUGCCAGGGCUGCCUGCGGGCGCUCCGCCAGCAGCCGGGCCCCCCCGACGGCGGCGGGGCGGGCGGGGCCGUCCGCUGCCCGCUCUGCCAGGAGCCCGUCCCCGCGUCCCUGCGGCUCCGCAAGAACCGCGCCCUCUGCGAGCUCCUGCCGCUGCUGGCGGCCGCCACCGGCGGCUCGUCCCCGCCGUCGCCGAUGGCUCCGGGAGCCGAGGAGGAGGACUGCGGAGGGGAGGCGGGAGCGGCGGUGCUGUGCGACGUGUGCCCGCCGGGGUCGCGGGUGGCGGCGGCGCGGUCGUGCCUGGUGUGCCUGGCGUCGUUCUGCGGGGCGCACCUGGAGCCGCACCGCCGCGCCCCCGCCUUCCGCGCACACCGCCUCGUGGCCCCGCUGCGCCGGCUGGAGGAGGGGCUGUGCCCCCGCCACCUGCAGCCCCUCGACGGCUUCUGCCGCACCGAGCAGACCUGCGUGUGCGCCCGCUGCCGCGCCCACGAGCACCGCGCCCACGACGUGGUGCCCCUCGAGCAGGAGCGGGAGCACAAGGAGGCCCAACAAGCCAAAUUCCUCAGCGAUGCGGAGAAUGAGCUGGAGGAGCUGGCAGUCACCAUCGCACAGGCCAAGAAGAUGGUGGAGCUCAUUAAGGGUGCUGCCACGAAGGAGAAGGAAAGGGUUGAGAAGCUCUUUGCAGAAGCCUCUGAGGUCCUGGCGACCUUCCAGAAGGAGGUGACGGGUUUCAUUGAGGCCGGGGAGCGCUCCAUGCUGGGGGAGGCCGAGGCUGAUCUCCGCUGGAAGGAGGAGAGACGAGCCAAGCUGGCCCAGUGCAAGCAAAACCUGGAGAACGUCGCCAGCACCGACACCAUCUACUUCCUCCAGGAAUUUCAGGCCUUAAAAGUAGCCAUGGAAGAAAACCUCUCCCCUGCUCCAAGCUUCCAGAACGAGCUGAACUUCACCAAGUGCACCCAAGUCGUGGGCGCCGUGAAGGAUGUGCUGUCCACUGCCUGCAAAAACCAGUGGAACCACUUGCAGGGGAAAGGAAUUGACGGGCUGAACUACCAGGAGAUGGAGGAAGCGUUGGCCGAAUCCCGGUUUCCAGACAAGUCAAACGAUCCUGCCUGCCUGGAGAGCCGUGAUUAUUUCCUGAAAUUCGCCUUCAUCAUUGACCUGGACAGCGACACGGCCGACAAGUUCAUCCAGCUGUUCGGCACCAAAGGGGCCAAGCGGGUGCUGUGCCCCAUCCCCUACCCAGAGAGCCCGACCCGCUUCAUCAACUGCGAGCAGGUGCUGGGUUUGAACCUCAUGAACCGGGGCAACUACUACUGGGAGGUGGAGCUCAUCGACGGCUGGGUCAGCAUCGGGGUCAUCGCCGAGGACUUCGACCCGCGGGAGGCCUACAACCGGGGCCGCCUGGGCCGCAACGACCGCUCCUGCUGCCUCCAGUGGAAUGGGCAGAACUACGUGGCCUGGUUUGGGGGCUUCGAGUCCGUCAUCCAGCAGCCGUUCUUCCAAACCAUUGGGGUCUUCCUGGAGUAUUCGGAAAAGGCCUUAACCUUCUACGGGGUCAAGGACUCCAAGAUGACCUGCCUGCGGCAGCUCAAGGUCUCGCCUUUCACCAAGGGGAAGUCUGACCCGUUCCAGAACAAGAUCAACCACCACUUUGGCUCUCUUUUCUCGUGCAAGCUGAAGCCAGCCUUCUUCCUGGAGAGUGUGGAUGCCCACCUGCAGAUCGGGCCGCUGAAGAAGGACUGUGUCUCGGUGCUAAAGCGUCGGUAACUGCCCGGACAGCGGGAGCGCGGGAAGGCCCACACGAGUCUCUCCUGCAGGGUAUUGCUGCCAUCACGGCCUCCCUUUGUCUGUCUCUUUGGCAGCCCUCCCUCCUCUCUGUGCUGUUGGUGACCCAGGGCUGGAUGAAGCCGUCUGGCGGGCAGAGCCACGGGCUGGGAGCCAGGAGGGGGCUGGAUCCGAGCGCCGGCUCUGCUGCUGGGCUGCUGAGUGAACUUGGGCGAGUCUCUGUGCUGCUCCCUGCCCCUCAGCUUCCCUUUCUGGACAUCAGGGACCGUGACAAGCCUUUCUUGGUAAAGUGUGCUGCUCAGGAGAAGUGCCACAUGGGUUUGAAGCUGUACCUUGGCCAGCUGCCCGGUCCCCCUCCUUCACGUGUGCUUGCCCUGGCCUGGCGACUUGCACAGAUGCUCUGCUUUGUGCCUUGUCUCUGGCUCUGUGUCACUGAUGCUUUUUUAAGUGCUGGCUCUUCGACACUUUCCACAUGCUCCUUAUGAAGUGCCUUUGACCUAGCAAGCCCAGCGUGGGCCAGGUGAAGCCCCAAAGCAGAUGUGGUCGCUUUUCCCGUGCCCACAUCACCGCCGUGCCUUGGCGUGGGGGAGAGGGAUGUGGAGGAGCCUGGCUGGGUGCUGGGUGAUGCUGUGGUGAUGCAGCACCACUCCUUGCAGGGCUGGCUACCCACUAAUGCUGCAAACAUGAAACAAAGCUCUGUGCCCUUACUUACACUGCAGCCAGUGGGUAUCUUGGAUGCUGCUCUGUGGCCAGGCUGGUUUGGGAAAAGCCAUGGUCCUGUGUGUGUUGGAGCCCUGUGGCCACAGGUCCGUUCCCCACCACAGCCGAAAAUCCCAGCUGGGAAAGGGAGAAACUUCCUGCCUGGACAUGGUGAAGGGAGCAGCACAAACCAAAUUUUGAGGAUGUGCUUUCUGUAGACACAUUCCUUGGGAACUGCUUCCCAAAGCUUUACAGCCAGAUUUCCCCCCUCGUUUUUGUUGACCCUGUUAUUUUAAGGGAUUUUAAUACUGUUAAACUCCCAACUCUUCAAGAACCCUGGGUACACUUGAGCUGCAAACAUGCCCCUUAGCUUAGAGAGUUUUUUUAAGUGACAGAGGUGCUGUGAAUAUGUCCCAGGGACGAAUGGUCUGUUUUAGAGACAGCUGUGAUCACAUCAAUAAAAGAUGCAGCAUCAGUCAGUUACUAAAUGACCGUUUAGGCUCUGGGAAUAAGUAACAAUUAACAAAAACUACUCUCAAGCAAGAGG